AGGGUAGUAUAAUUUACAUAUUUUGAUGUGUGGGAAUGAGCCUGGAAGUAUCUUCUUGAGUCAUAUUAGAACAUUAAAGUCAACCUGUUUUAGUUUCUUUUUCUAGGAAUCCGUGCAUCUCAGAGCUCUUAUCUUUAUGCAGAAGCAGUUCCUCCAGAAAAUUUCCUGACGGUGACCCACGGUUAUCCGAGGAGCCUUGAGAAUUCCUGGAGUUAAUUUACAUUGUUCCAGACCGUCACAAAGUUUCCUUCAAAGAUCUUUAGGUAGCUGCUCACGUGGAAGUUAAUUAAGAAACAAAACGAAAGCUGUUUAUUUGGAUUCAAGGUCUAUCUCUGUUAGUAGCUGUGGUGGCCUUGGAUUGGUAGAAGAUCAUUGCCUUCACCAGGUCUGCACUCAGAAACCAUCAUCUUCCUGCAGCCUGAGUGUGCCUCUACUCUUGCCAUAUCAUCGACAAAGGUUGUGUUUGGACAGGGGACUGUGUGACUUCUAAACCUACAAGUGACUCUUUAGCUCUUGCUACCAAGUUCAUCUUGGUAGUAAAAAGUCUAAAGUAAUAACUUCUAAAGACACUUAUCUGGUACAUGCUGAGAACCAAGGCCAAGACUAGACAAGAUUAUAUAACUGGGCUUUAACCAUGACUGGAACAAAGAGUAAGGCUAGAGGUCAGGCCAAAACUGAGAAAAGGGCAAAAGUACAGGGUAAAGCUGGAGCAGAGAAGGAGGUUACAGGUGCAGUCAAACCAGUAGCCAAGACUAGGUCCAAAACAAAAGCCAAAGCAGGGUAUAAAGCAGAUAUAGUGACAGAUGUGAAGGUAAUAUCUAAAAACAGGAUUGUUGCUGAGAUGAAGGAUCGAGUCCUGUCAGAACCUAAGGCUCCAGUGAAAGCCUUAGCAGAUGUCAGUUCCAAAGCUGAGAAUGAGGUUGCCCGCUCCACAUAUAAAGACAAGGCUGGUAAUGAUACUUGGUUCUGGGCCGGGGAAGAGGCCAGUAUUAGCUCCUGGUUCUGGAAGGGAGAAGAGUCUGGUAAUCAUUCCAGUACUAAAGAUAAAAAUAAAGGUGAUACCAGUGCCCAGGUCUGUGCUGACAAGUUGGAGUCUGUGGCUGGGGCCAGUUGUAAAUCUAUGUCAGGGGUUGAUGAUGAGGAAGAGAAUGUUAUAGGGAACUGGUUUUGGGAAGGAGAUGAAACUAGUUUUGACCCUGAGCCCAAACCUGUAUACAGGAUAGUUAGACCUCAGCCUGUGGAUGCAAUUAAUCAAAAAAACAGACCCAAGGACUGGUCUGAGGUUACUAUCUGGCCCAAAGCCCCUGCUGUAACACCAGCAGUGUUAGGAUUUAGAUCCCAAGUCCCAUCUGAGACAAGGCCCUCUUCAUAUAUUGUUGUUUCCUCAACUGAAGAUAGUACUCAUUCUCCUGCAGCAGCAGCCUGUUCUUCUAGGAACACUUGCUCAAGCUCACAGCCUAUUCCUGAGUCCCCAUUUGGUUCUGACCCUUGCAUCCAGACCAUAGAUGAAAUUAGGCAACAAAUUAAGAUCAGGGAGGUGAAUGGGAUUAAGCCAUUUGCUUGUCCUUGCAAAAUGGAAUGCUACUUGGAUUCUGAGGAAUUUGAAAAACUUGUUAGUAUACUGAAGUCGACCACCGAUCCUCUCAUUCAUAAAAUAGCACAGAUUGCAAUGGGUAUCCAUAAUGUUCAUCCAUUUGCCCAAGAAUUCAUUAAUGAAGUGGGUGUAGUAACACUUAUUGAAAGCUUGCUUACUUUUCCUUCCCCUGAAAGAAGGAAAAAGACUGUAAUUACUCUGAAUCCUCUUUCUGGGGAUGAAAGACAACGCAAGAUUGAAUUACAUGUUAAGCAUAUGUGUAAGGAAACUGUGUCUUUCCCUUUAAACUCACCUGGACAGCAAACAGGAUUAAAGAUACUUGGGCAACUGACUACUGAAUCUGUCCAUCACUAUAUUGUUGCUAGUUACUUUUCAGAGCUUUUCCAUUUGCUGUCUCAGGGAAAUCGUAAAACCAGAAAUCUUGUUUUGAAAGUACUUUUGAAUAUGUCUGAAAAUCCAACUGCAGCCAGAGACCUGAUUAGUAUGAAGGCAUUGGCAGCAUUAAAACUCAUCUUUAACCAGAAAGAGGCAAAAGCCAAUCUUGUUAGUGCUGUGGCCAUUUUUAUUAACAUAAAGGAGCAUAUAAGAAAGGGCUCAAUUGUAGUUGUUGAUCACUUGAGUUAUAAUACACUUAUGGCCAUUUUCCGUGAAGUUAAAGAGAUUAUUGAAACAAUGUAAAAUGAUCCAGAAAUGAAAGAGAACACUGAAUUAUCUCCAGAUUCGAAAAGGCUGUACAUUUCUAAAGAUCAUUGCGUAAUUUUUAUUAUAGUGUACACAUUAUACAUUACAUCCUCAACAGUGUUACCUGUGAGGGUGUAGCUCUCAGCUAGAACAUUUUUUUUGUGCAUCAAAUGAAUACUAACAUCUGAAAAUAUUUGUUGCUUUUAUGUUGUCUAGAUUGGCAUAUUUAAAAUUUUACUUAAAGUAAGCCAGUUCACUAUAAAUAAGCUUAGCUUCAUCAUUAGUAUCUGCUUAGAUUCAUUUGUAGUUUCAAAUGGCAAAAAAGAAAAUGUUGGGGCUGGGGAUUUAGCUCAGUGGUGCUGCGCCUGCCUUGCAAAGACAAGG